AUGACCGGCGCGCGGGGCGCGUGUUCGUAUUUGGGGUUUACGGUUACGGACAAGCCCGAGGUCGUCGUCGACAUCGACGGCGACGGCGCGGCGGCGGGAGGCGGCGGAGGGGCGGAGGCGGCGGAGAACCCGUUCGAGUUCCUCGGGGCGCCGCCGCCGCCGGCGGCGCGGCCGAGCGCGGUGAAUCCGUUCCGGAACCACACGCCGGCGAUGGGAGGGGUGUACGAGUGGUGCAAGAUCGCGGUGUGCUUGCCCCUGGUGGCGGUGAGGCUGGCGCUGUUCGGGAUCGCGAUCGGGAUCGGGUACGUGGCGACGAGGAUCGCGCUGCAGGGGUGGGAGGAUAAGGAGAAUCCGAUGCCGAAGUGGCGGUGUCGGCUCAUGUGGAUCACCAGGAUCUGCGCCAGAUGCAUCCUCUUCUCAUUUGGAUAUCAUUGGAUUAGAAGAAUAGGAAGGCCUGCUUCACGGGAGCUUGCGCCUGUAGUUGUUUCCAAUCAUAUCUCAUAUGUAGAACCCAUAUUUUUUUUCUAUGAACUAUUUCCGACAAUUGUUGCUUCAGAGUCGCAUGAUGCUCUACCCUUUGUUGGAACUAUUAUUAGGGCAAUGCAGGUCAUUUACGUUGAUAGGUUCUCUCCAAUGUCACGAAAGCAUGCUGUAAAUGAAAUCAAGAGAAAGGCUGCUUGCGCUAGUUUCCCGCAUCUCCUAUUAUUUCCUGAGGGCACCACUUCAAAUGGGAGGUUUCUUAUUUCGUUUCAACUUGGCGCAUUUAUCCCCGGCUACCCCGUCCAACCUGUCAUUGUUCGUUACCCUUAUGUACAUUUUGAUCAGUCAUGGGGAAACAUUUCGUUAGCAAAGCUCAUGUUCAAAAUGUUCACUCAGUUUCACAAUUUCAUGGAGGUGGAAUACCUACCUGUUGUCUCUCCACCUGAUGGAAAGCAGGUGAAUGCAGCUCAAUUUGCAGCCCAGACUAGUUAUGCAAUGGCACACGCUCUUAAUGUUUUACAGACGUCUCAUUCUUAUGGUGAUGUACUGUUUCUGAGCAGAGCAUCAGAACUUGGAAAGGACAAUUGCGCAAAUUACAUGGUAGAAAUGGCAUGGGUUGAAAGUGCUUUCAACAUAAGCACGUCAGAGGCCAUGGAACUUUUGGAUCAAUUUUUGGCAAUGAAUCCGGAUUCUAACGGACAAGUUGGAAUAUAUGGCUUUUUGAGUGCUUUUGGUUUGAAGCUGAGUCCUCUUUGUGAGAAGAUGUUUCGGUAUUUUGAUGUUGAGAAGAAGGGAUCUAUCACAUUUCGGCAGUUCUUGAUUGGAUCAGCGCACAUCAGGAAGCAACCAUUAUUUUGGAGAGCCUGUGAAGCAGCUUUUGAUCAAAUCAGUGAUGAUGCUGAAACGUCCCAAAUUUCCAAAACACGGCUUGGUGAUAUCUUGCUUGCAACUAUGUCAAGCUCGACAGAUCAUCCUAUUUGUCAACUAUUUAAAAAAUUCGACGUGGACAACGACGGAACGAUCAGCAGAGGCGAUUUUAUGACCUGCUUAAAGAAGUACCCAUUUCUGUUGGCUCUUUUUGCUGCCAAUGUAAAGUGUGACCAUCAUGUGGAACUUAUUUGUUGACAAGCGCUUGUGAGAGCUCAUUAAUCUAAGAAAGAGCUAUGUUUUUGUCUGA